AUGCUCAAAGUCAUCAGAAGUGUUCUCGUUACUCCGGAGCAUUACAGACGACAGUUCCCUGUCACCAGACAAAAUCCAAUCACAUCACCCAAAUUCUCAACAACAGCUGUCAAAAUGGUCAAAGACAACGACACCGUCAUUGAGGAGUUCAAUGAUAUUGUGAACAUGUCCGCGAAAGACCUACAAGACUGGCUGGGCUCUGAAGAGUCCACUGGCGCGGGCUGGGACAAAGACGACGGCUCAGGCGAGACGAUCGGGCACGAGAGCGGUCGGAAGAUCGUGAAAAUUCUGGAGGACAAUCCCAAGAAAGACCCGGAGAAGUAUAGCGAAGACGAUAUCGCCCAUAUGCGUAAAGUAGUGGCGUACUGCAAGCGACAUCUUGCCCAGGAGGGCAAAGCGAAGCAGGACCCGAAUAGCAAGUCUGCAAAGUCGUUGAAGAACUGGGGACACGAUCCACAGAAGUCGUAG